AUGAAAAUACUUACAGAACAAGAAAAACAAGAACAUUAUAAUGCAACAAUUAAAGGUGGUAUUAAAGGAGCAGGAAUUGGUCUUGGAGUAACGUUGGGUUUAUCUUUAAUAGCUCAACGUUAUUCUCCGAAUUUUAGAAAGUUAACUUUACCCAUUAAAGCUUUUUUAGUCUCUUCUGGUACUUCAGCUGCAAGUAUUACUUUAGCUGAACGAGCUGGUUUAGAAUACGAAAGAAAAAAAUAUGGCUACUAUGAACCUGAAAAACAAAUUUCUUUACAAGAAAAAACUUCUUUACAAAAAACUAAAGAUGUCAUAUCUGAAAAUAGAUAUAGUAUUGCAACUUCUGCUUGGGCUUUAAGUAUUGCUGGUAGUUUAGCUUAUACUUAUAACAACAAAUAUUUAUCCCUUUCUCAAAAAGUUGUACAAGCACGUAUGUAUGCUCAGGCUUUAACAAUUGUACUCAUCGCCGCUGCUGCUAGUAUUUCUGUGACUGAUAAAAGAAAACCAAGAGCACCCGCAGGUCAAGAUUAUUGGAAAGACUUGGUUGCUGCUGAAGAAAAAAAAAUUAAUGAGAUUUCUUAA